GGAGGGGGGGGCGGAGUGGACGGUUUUGCAGCCGCUGUUGUCGCCUCCUGGGCCGCCAUGGCGUCCUCUCUGGCCGACGUGGGCUGGAAAAUGCUGGAGCUGAGGGCCCGCUCCAAGCGCUCAGUUUAGCCUGAGACGCGUGUGGUUAACUGCGGCAGCUUGAAAUGGCCAGUUUGGAUGCCGACACGGGCGCCUCUGCUCAUGCUUUCUCGUGGUUUGAGGGCAGAUUUCCCGGCUCCGUGUACGAGCCUGCGAAAAGCAUUAACCUCCCAAGGCCAGAUGGAGAAAGCGUGUGGGACAAGUUGGAUCAUUACUACAGAAUCAUCAAAUCGACAGUGUUGCUGUACCAAAGCCCAAUCACUGGUCUUUUCCCCACCAAGACAUUUGGCGACAACCAGAGGGCGAAAGUGCAUGACAGUCUGUACUGUGCCGCAUGUGCCUGGGCCUUGGCCCUUGCGUAUAGGCGCAUCGACGACGACAAGGGAAGAACCCACGAGCUGGAGCAUUCCGCUAUAAAAUGCAUGCGAGGGAUUCUCUACUGCUACAUGCGCCAGGCUGAUAAGGUUCAACAAUAUAAGCAAGACCCAAAGCCCUCCAAAUGCCUCCAUUCUGUUUUUGGGGCCCACACGGGUGACGAAGUCUUUUCCCACGACGAAUAUGGGCAUCUUCAGAUAAAUGCCGUGUCGCUGUUCCUCCUCUACCUGGUGGAAAUGAUAUCCUCUGGCCUGCAGAUUAUCUACAAUACGGAUGAGGUAUCCUUCAUUCAAAAUCUUGUAUUUUGUGUGGAAAGAGCAUACCGGGUCCCAGAUUUUGGUGUGUGGGAAAGAGGAAGCAAAUAUAACAACGGCAGCACUGAACUUCAUUCAAGUUCUGUCGGGCUAGCAAAGGCCGCCUUAGAAGCAAUUAAUGGAUUCAACCUCUUUGGCAAUCAGGGCUGUUCCUGGUCUGUCAUAUUUGUAGAUCUUGAUGCCCACAAUCGGAACAGGCAAACUCUUUGUUCGUUGCUUCCCCGAGAAUCACGAUCUCACAAUACUGAUGCUGCCCUCCUACCCUGCAUUAGCUAUCCUGCCUUUGCUGUAGACGAUGACGCUUUGUACAGCCAAACCAUUGACAAGGUGGUCAGGAAGUUAAAAGGGAAAUACGGAUUCAAGCGAUUUUUGAGAGAUGGCUACAGAACUGCGCUGGAGGACAAAAACCGCCAUUACUAUAAACCUGCAGAAAUUAAGCUCUUUGACGGGAUUGAAUGUGAAUUUCCCCUCUUUUUUAUUUUCAUGAUGAUUGAUGGAGUUUUUAGAGGAAAUACGGAGCAAGUGAAAGAGUAUCAGCAGCUUCUGGAACCUUUGCUGCAGCAGUCACCAGAAGGCUACCCUGUUGUGCCCAAGUAUUACUACGUGCCGGCAGACUUUGUUGAACUGGAAAAGAAAAACCCAGGCAGUCAGAAACGAUUUCCGAGCAAUCACGGGCGGGACGGAAAGUUUUUCCUGUGGGGGCAAGCUCUGUACAUCAUUGCAAAACUUCUUGUCGACGGUUUGUUAAGUGCGAAAGAUAUUGACCCGGUGAAGCGUUACAUACCACCCCAAGAUCAACGCAAUGUUAGCAUGAGAUACUCCAAUCAGGGUCCUCUAGAAAACGACUUGGUGGUCCAUGUUGCAUUGAUUGCCGAAAGCCAACGCCUACAGGUUUUCUUGAACACGUAUGGGAUCCAGACACAGACUCCCCAACAGGUUGAACCCAUCCAGAUAUGGGCCCAACAGGAGCUUGUGAAGGCUUACUUCCACCUGGGGAUCAAUUACAAGCUGGGCCUCUCGGGAAGACCUGACCGGCCGAUUGGCUGCCUCGGAACAUCAAAGAUCUAUCGAAUCCUGGGAAAGACUGUGGUUUGCUACCCAAUCAUCUUUGACCUGAGUGAUUUCUACAUGUCCCAGGAUGUUAUGAUGCUUAUUGAUGACAUUAAGAACGCUUUGCAAUUCAUUAAGCAGUACUGGAAAAUGCACGGCCGCCCCUUGUUCCUGGUGCUUAUUCGGGAGGACAAUAUAAGGGGAAGCAGGUUCAAUCCGAUACUGGACAUGCUGGCCGCCUUUAAGAAAGGAGAGGUCGGAGGAGUGAAGGUUCAUGUCGACAGACUGCAGACAUUAAUUGCUGGAGCAGUGGUUGAACAACUGGACUUCUUAAGAAUCAGUGAAACAGAUGAGCCUCCAGAGUUCAAGAGCUUCGAAGAGCUCGAUCUUCCGAAACAUUCAAAAGUCAAGAGACAGACCAGCACACCAAACGUUACCGAGUUGGAACAACAGCCAGAUAUCAGCGUGAAUGACUGGAAAAACAGAUCGACUUUUGAGAUUCUUCAGAAACUGAACGACUGCAGCUGCCUAGCCAGCCAAGCGAUUCUGCUGAACAUUUUGCUCAAACGGGAAGGCCCAAAUUUCAUCACCAAGGAAGGUACUGUCGCCGAUCAUAUUGAAAGAAUCUAUCGAAAAGCUGGCAGCAAAAAACUCUGGUCUCUUGUGCGCUUCGCAGCGAGCCUUUUAUGUAAACUAGUGGACAGCCUUGCUCCGUCUAUCACUAAUGUUUUAGUUCAGGGCAAGCAGGUGACUCUCGGGGCCUUUGCCCAGGAAGAAGAGAUUAUCUCGAAUCCCUUGUCUCCGGGCGCAAUUAAGGACAUCAUCUACAACAAGUGUAAUUUGAAGGAUGAGAGGGAAGCUGUUCUUCAGCAGGAGCUUGUCAUUCACAUUGGCUGGAUCAUCUCCAACUCUCCUGAAUUGUUUAAUGGCAUGUUGAAGAUACGAGUGGGAUGGAUCGUGCAUGCCAUGAAAUAUGAACUGAAGAUCCGUGCUGGGGAGAUGGCUCCCGUGGACUUAUACCAGAUGUCACCAAGUGAGGUGAAGCAACUUCUCCUGGACAUUCUUCAGCCCCAGCAGCAAGGGAGGUGCUGGCUGCACAGACGUCAGAUCGACGGCUCUCUCAACCGGACCCCCAGCGGAUUCUACGACAGGGUGUGGCAGAUUCUGGAGAGGACCCCCAACGGUUUAAUAGUAGCUGCAAAGUUUUUGCCGCAGCAACCGACCUUGUCUGACAUGACGAUGUAUGAAAUGAACUUUUCCCUUCUGGUCGAGGAUAUGCUACAAAAUAUCGAUCAACCCGAAUACAGGCAAACAAUUGUAGAGUUGUUGAUGGUCAUCUCUGUGAUCCUGGAAAGGAACCCAGAGUUAGAGUUUCAGGAUAAAGUGGACUUGGACAAACUGGUGAAAGAGGCGUUUCUGGAGUUCCAGAAGGACCAGAGCAAAUUCAAGGGGACUGAGAAGCAAGAUGACAUGACUUCUUUUUACAACACUCCUCCACUGGGGAAGAGGGGAACCUGCAGCUACCUGACAAAGGCAGUGAUGAAUCUGUUGCUGGAAGGGGAAGUGCGGCCCUGUGCGGACGACCCUUGCUCCAUUAGUUAAAGCUGGCGGCGCCAGGUGGAACGCGACCCGGCUUGCUGGGGGGCGGUGUUGUUGCUUGGCAUGUGCUACUUAAUUACUCCUCGGGAAAGGGGAGGCCUAAAAAUGGUCGCUGGGAUGAGCUCAGGUGCUUUCGAGUAGCAAAGACCACAGCUGAUUCUGUGGCAGCCGAAAAGGACGCUUAAUCAAGCAGCCGUUCCCCCUCCCAGUAGGUUACCAAUAGCAACCUGCACGUUCCACUUAAGCGUCACACUCGUACAUUGGUGGAGGGAACGCAUGAAAUGCGCUGUAGCGCAUACUGAUUAAGACCGUGGCUCUGUUAGAAGAAUCCACUGAAUUUGUAAUUUCUGUUGAGCGUUGCUUACAAACGGUUGCAGUGACACAAUGUGUUUAUUUAACAGCGGACUAAAUGUGAACUGCAGAAUAUUUCAGCUUUCACACUCCUUUCCCCCAAUAAUCGUUAUUGUAAUUCGUUAUUGAAUGGCUACAUUAUGAAUGACAUAUAAGCAUAAAUUUGAAAAAAAAUAUAUCAGUCAAUCUGUGUUUGAUGUCAGGUUUUUUGUUGCUCUGAUGAAGUUGAUAUGGCUUUGGACUUGAGUGUUCCAGCAAAACUUGUAAGGGGUUGAGAAAAAAACACCCCCACUGUAUUAAAAAUAUAUAAAUUUGCUUUAAAA